AUGUCGACCAAUCUGUUAAGUUUUGCUGGAAAGACUGCCAUUAUUACAGGUAGUGCGAUUAUAAUAUAAUUAGUGAAAUCCAGGUGCGUCCUCGGGAAUUGGAAGAGCCACCGCUGUAUUGUUCAAAGAGUUGGGGGCCUCUUUGUUAGUUACUGGUCGUAACGAGCAAAAUCUUCAGAGUCUUGUUAAAGAACUAAGUCUAAUCCCAACGAAAGUAGGUUUUCUUUGUAAUGUCUCAUGAACUUUUAGAGUGAUGUUCACUAUGUUGUUGCGGAUCUGGAGAAAGAAGACCAGGUUUCCUCGAUCAUCGCAUCAUUUAAGAAACACUUUGACAGUUUAGAUGUCUUAGUAAACAAUGCUGGGAUCUUGGAGGGAGGGUCGGUGGAGACGACUUCUCUCGAGUCUUAUGACCGAGUUAUGACUGUCAACUUAAGGUCGGUCUUACAACUGACUCAGUUGUCUGUUCCUUUGUUGGAAAGGACAAAGGGUUCUGUGGUUAAUGUAUCCAGUGUCAAUGCUAUUAGAUCUGUAAGUUCUCCACGCAUUACCAUUAGCUAAUAUAUUAUGGUGGUCGAUUAGGCCCGUUUUUGUCCCCACCUUGGUUUUGUCCCCAAGACGUUUUUAGCCAAUGAGUUGAAAUCAUUGGCCAAUUUUUUAAUGGCUUGCCGAAGACCUAGAUCGGCUUGUCAAACCCUCAGAAUGGCGAUAAAGCUUUAAAAAAGCUGGCUAAAAAGUUGGAACAGAUGUCAAAGAGUUGUAAAUGACAAUUAUUAAAUUAUUAAAAUGGCGAGUAAAAACCUGGAUCCAACCUUUUUGGCUAGCUUUUUCGAGGUUCCACAGCUAUUCUGACACUUGCCAGCCGAUGCAGGUUUUGGCUAGCCAUUUAAAAAGUCGGACGUCAUUACUACGCUUUGAUUCCAACCUUUUAGCUAGCUAUUUUUGAGGCUUCAAAGCAAGUAUGUCAUGGGGACAAAACGUCCAUUACGAUGGUGGUCAUAUUUUUUUCCGAAAUCGCGGUUUUCGGUGCACAAAACGAGACACCGAAACUGAAAAAUCUGCGUCUACAUAAUUUUCUGAAUUUUUGUUAUGUCCAUUAUGAAUUGUUGCUAAGUUCUAUAGUUUAAAUUUUAGUUUGCUGGAAUUUUGGCUUACAAUAUAUCUAAGGCCGGGUUAGAUCAAUUUACUCGAUGUACCGCUCUUGAACUAGCGCCUAAGGGCAUUAGAGUCAACUCUGUCAAGUAAGUCUGAUAAAUAUUUUAAUCAUUCUUAUGUAAUAAUGUAUGCAUUCUUUCAUGUACACAGAAAAACGCACACAAAAUAAAAUUUCUGUCUUUUCAAAUUGACGCAGAAUUCCGCGAACGGGAUAAGAGAUUUAUUUUGAAUAGCAUUUGAUUACAUUUGUGUUUUAUAGUGAUGUAAGUUAGUGUGUGUUAUCACUAAAUCAGUAUUUGGGAGCAAGUAUUGAUCAAGGAGCCUCUCUCCCUUUCAACACAAGAAGUGUAGUCUUUUCUUUCCCAUCACUUUCUCGUUGUUUUCAGCCCUGGAGUCACUGUGACGGAGCUACAUUCCCGUUCUGGGAUGGACACGGAGGCUUAUCAGAAGUUCCUUGAGCGUUCCAAAGAGACUCAUCCCCUUGGCCGGCCUGGUACAGCGAAUGAAGUAGCCCGUUCCAUCGCCUUUUUGGCCUCCCCUUUGUCCAGUUUCAGCACUGGGAUAUCCCUUCCCGUCGAUGGAGGAAGACAUGCUGCCUGCCCCCGUUAA